CGUAUAAAUAUGAAGCUGUUGUAGAAUUUUCAGCUUAUUUCAAGUUUUUCUUUUCAAUCGUUUGUGCUAGUCUUUGUCCAAGAGUGCGACAAUGUUCCGAUUCCUUGCGAUCACUGCCUGCCUGGCCAUCAGUGUCCACGCUUAUUCGCAGGGUGGUCCCAAGGCCGCCUGUCGGGACCUGACGCCACAGCAUGGGGCCAAGCUGCAGACGGAGAAGCCUCCAUACAGUAUCUCCGGCCCAGCGCACGUCCGAAGCGACCAGAAGCUGACACUUACCCUCGGCGGUGAGGAGUUCCUCGGCUUCAUGAUCCAGGCUCGCGACGGUCAGAACCGGAUAGUGGGAGAAUUCAAGGUGGUCGAUGCCGUGCAUUCCCAGACACUGGACUGCGCCGGCAAGCAGGACACACUGACUCACCUGAAUGCCGCAAAGGGCAGCCCACUGACCGGCAUCAAAUUUGAUUGGAUCCCACCAGCGGGUUACAAGGGCAACGUCAAGUUCAUGGCUACUGUCGUCCAAACGGGUUCGGUCUACUGGGUGGGACGCGUCACCAAAGACGUUGACGUGGAGUAAAUGAAGCUGUUCUCAGUAUUUGUGAUAGAUUUUUCAUGUUUAUUUUUCAUAAUUCUAUAAUAGGGUUGACCGUUAAUGCUCCAAGCAACUUUGGAACCAAGUAUUUUUUGGAAUAAAGUCAAAAGUUAAUGAA